ACUCAUCACCGAAUUCAUCAAAACAGAUGUUCGACUUAUAUUUUGUUAUUCACACUCACGGCAGUUUGCUUUAUAAUUUGGUUUAGAUAAUUAUUUUACUCAAAACAUGGCACAGUCAAUACUACUGCGCAGUUUAUUGCUGCACAGGAAAACGAUGCUGUUGCCCACAACCACACGGCUUCGAUCUCUUGCAGCGUUGCAUUUGAGCAAUUCCGUAGCGCAGCAAGCGAAAAGCAAUGGUGGCGCACUCCAGGAGUCUAGCGGAGGAGGUAGUAAUGUGUCUACUGAUGUUCGACCCAUCGGCGAGAAGAUCAAAGAGAACACUAAGACGGCCAGUUAUACGGCUAUCAUUUUGGCCGGACUCGGUGUAACGGGCAUUAUGUUUUAUGCCAUUUUCCGCGAGCUCUUCUCCAAGGAGAGUUCGUGCAAUAUAUAUUCCAAGGCAUUGCAAAUAGUCGUUGAUGAUCCCCGUGUUCAGGAUGCCAUUGGAGCACCCAUCAAGGGCUUUGGUGAGACGUCGCGUCGUGGUCGUCGUCAGCAUGUGGCCCACACCAGCUUUGAGCGGAAUGGAGUGCCCCACAUGCGCAUGCAGUUCUAUGUGCAGGGACUACGAAACAAGGCAACCGUACAGUUAGAAGCAAGAAGGGACUCAAAGGGACAGCUGGAGUUCCGUUAUUUAUUUGUUCAAUUAGAUCAUUACCCACGCACCACAAUCGUCCUGGCGGAUAAUCGUGCCUAUGAUCCUACGCCGGAUCGUGCCCAAUCGGGCUUUGGCAAUUUGGCCCUCAUGUCCAACAGCCGCGACAAAUAGGAGAGCUAGAGCCACCAUAAUCCAUAAUCCAACACAAACACUUAAAAUUUCAUGUAUGAUUUGUUAUUUAAUGUACACAUUGACUGAAA